AUGGUGCUAAAUAGCACUGAACAAGUAAUGCAAGCUAGCCGGACCGAUGAAAUUUACGCCGCUGUGAUCUGCUUUACGCUCGCAGUACUCGGCAUCAUAACAAACGGUCUUGCAGUUGCAAUCAUUGUAUCUGCGAAGAAUUUGCAAAAUGCUUUUGGUUAUUCCUGCAUGUCGCAUGCAAUUGGUGACCUUGGUGUAUUGGUCAUUUUCGCUACAUGGUUACCAAUUCAGUUUAUUCUGUAA